AUGAAUAAUGAAGAUGUGGAAUUUACUCCUGCGAUUAGGUAUCUUGUGAAGCCAAACGAUUGUAUAGGAUGGUAUGCCGCUGGGGCUGAAGUAGUUGGUUAUAAGGAUGGUGGAAAUAGAGCCACUGGCUGGUAUCAAGCUGCAGCUGGCGUAAAUACCGCUACAGAUGAAAACUGGUCUGCUGCAUCGUCAGAAAGCAUGGAAUGGGGAAUAGGCGCUGAAGUUGUAGCAUCCACGUAUCCAACUUUCUCCGGGACAGAUGUCGGUGCCAUAGACAAUGGGGCUGCUAUAAAUGAUCCCGUGGGAACAGUAACAUUUACAGACGCCGAUAAUGCGGACGAGCUUGAACUGGCGAUGUCAGACACAUUGUUUGAUAUAACUGACAACGGCGAUGGAACAGCAACAGUUAUUGUAAAGGCUUCGUUGACUGGUGAGAGCGGGCCAAGAACUUUGACUAUUACCGCUGAAGAUCUCUGUGAGCAAACUGUGACGGGCACUGUUACUGUUACUAUUAUAAAUACACCACCACAACUCAGCGGUCUUUCAAGUUCUACCUCUACACCCGAAGGCAUCACUUCGGAAGUUAUCCUUUCAACAUUCACAUGUAGCGACUCUUCUGGAAUUGCUGACGUGUCAAUAUCAGUCUCUCCUGCAAACGUCCCACCAUUUUUCUUCACAAACCUUACUGGCGCAGCUACCAAUGAAUACGGGAUCUAUGCACGGUCGCAGGUAAAUGAAUCAUUGGGGCAAUUCAAUUAUUAUAGUCAGCGAGAUUAUACAAUCACAGUUGUAUGUGACGAUAGACUGGACUUUGUCAGUGGAAAUAUAACAGUUAAUCUUUUACCGAACGCGCCACCAGUAAUCAAUAAUCUACCAGCGACAGGGACAUUAAUUACUGUAGAUACGUCUACCCCGCCUGACACCGUAGUUUUUACAGUUGAUUUUACCGAUCCCGAGGACAAUACGGUCACGGUCACCUUUACUGCUGAUCCUUCUGACUGUCCAUUUGACGUAUUAGACUCGGGACAUGUUACUGUACUUAAUACAAUAACAACGUACAACACCUCCUCUACAUGUGACAUUCUUGUGGGCGUGGCCGACAAAAGGAACCCUGGCAUAAGCAGAACCUUGAGUAUUAUUUUGUCCACCACCACAACAGUGGCAACCACAACAACAACUACAUCUAAUUAUCCUGAUAGGUACAAAACAUUUUUCGAUGACAUACGGAAUAUUAUUUGGUUCGUACUUCUAAUGGUACUUCUCGCAAUUACGGCUGUUGUAACACUAUUUGUCUGUUGUAACUACGUUUGUAUGCCAUGCUGCUGCAAAUGUCCAUGUGUAGGUGGAAAGAGAAGUUAUGGCUGGAGACCUCGUCAUAUUGAAAGGGAAUACACGCCACCUCCAAGGAAGCCUAAGCCUAAGAGACCAAAUAAUCCACAGCUACUCUCCGUUCGUCGGCCUCCUCCGCCAGUACAUACUUGGAAAAGUGGUGCGGACAGAUACUAAAUAUGUAAUGGGACCGAGUGAAACUAGAACCCGUUCAAGCAAGAACUAUUUGCAAAUACCGUUAUCUAAUCCAGUUUGAUAUCUUUGCCUAUUAAUACAUACAAACUGCAAUGAAAAUUAUUAUUUAAAGAUAACUAUAACAUUACAAUAAGUUAUGAGCAUCAAUAAAUUGACAUCAUUAAUAUGAAUUCAUUAAAUUAAGUCUCCUGUGACAGAGUUGUGUUACGGUUUUAUUAACAUCAAAUAUAUAGAUGUAUUAUUAUUUCUUUUGAGUGUGCAGACAGAAGUGUCGUUCGUAGCACAGCUAUUUUAAAUAAUCUAUUCCGAUUACAAUUUCAGAAAUUUCAGAAAUUCCGCUUCUAAUUUUAGCAUAUAUGUUUAGUAAGUUCGAUUAUAAUGUUAAUACUCAUUCAUAUAACAAUUGUAUAGAGACGUACCCUAAGCCUUCUUUACACAAUCUCUUUAUAUAGCAAAAUUGUUGAGUGAACACCGUUUGUUAAUCCUAAUCCAUGUUAUAUCAGUGCAAAGGAAAAGCAACCUAUCUAUGUUAAAUGCUAUGCAUGAUAACACAGUCAUGCAUCUAACAUUCCUGAAAUUGAUUUCUUUGAUUUUCUCAUAUAUAUUUCUAGAUAUUUUCCCCAUACUUUGACGCAUAUAUAUAUGGGUAGUAGAGAUCGUUCUCUUUCUAGCAGUAGCCUUUUCAACAUAUUUCACCUUGUGAAAUUCUGUGGUUUUUUUUUUUUUUUUUUUUUAAAAAUUGUCUGUUUGUUGACAAAUUUCACCACAGAAAAUGUCACACUUUCCCCAGGGCAUUAACUUAUUUGAUCUUUACGUAGUUUUCUAUUAAGAUGUGGCAAGUAUGCAUGCUUUUUCCCUGCCUAGAGGUAAAACGCGCAUAGUUUGCAUGAGGUUCUAGGUCAAUAGCCACCUAAGCUUACCAUAAAGUCUUAGCGGAGUUGUUUCCAUUUUUUCCAAAUAUUUUACCCGGAAUCAUUUUUCUCAGCUCAAAUAACUCUUUUUCGGAAAAUGAUAAUUUAAUAAUUCUUUCAGUCUACGUACUUUGAUGCAGUUAACUACACAUAUAUCUAAAAUAGAUAGUUCCUACUUGAAGUUUGUAUUUUUAGUUACACUGCCUAAAUUGUAUUUCGAGCAUGUUUACAAUUGUAGUCUUUUUUCAUGCGUAAAACAUCUUCAGAGUAGCUUCUAAAAAUUUCCAAAAAUUUUGAGACACAUUUUAAGUUAUCAAGUUUAUAAUACAUAAUGCAUUUUAUAAAAAAAUGAAUUUUCCAAAACUUUCCUACAUAUGAAUAGAAUAUAAGAAAAUAAAGAUUUUUUUGCACGCAGUUUUGUAUUAAUAACGGAAUAUGUUUCAAUAUCUUUUCAGAAAAUUUUGUAAAUCUAUAGCGAUAAAACAGGUUGGACGAGGAUCAUAUUACUAAGAAACAAAGUUUAUAAUUUAAGAAAGUAACUUUGUCUGCUCAGGAGAACUUUUGACUGAUAUUGAAAAAGCUAUCACUGAGGUCAAGUUCAAACAUUAAAAGAAUAUGAGAAACACUUAACACUAUUCAGUAUCAAAUAAAAAAGCCGGAAAUUAUACCCUCAAUGAAAACGGUUUACUAUGACAAUUGAGAAAAACUAUAUUACACAGAUGUUGAUAAAGCUACACGUUCCAAUGAUUGUUUUGUACCUCUCACGAAUAUUUACGAUAAAAAUGUUUAUCUUACAGAAAUACGAAAAAAAAAAAAAAAAAACAACAGCAGAAAAUUUAGUAUCCAGUACCAUUAUUACAAAAAUAUCAUUGAUAUUGUAUCCAUUCUUGACGUCUAUAAUGCAAUUAGUUUAGAUUUAUUUAGUCAUAAACUGAUAAAGUAAUUACCCUGACGAAGGUCCUUAUUGGGUCGAAACCAGUAGACAGUAAAUUUAGUUAAAAUUUCCCAAGUGUUUAACACACAGUUCCUCUUUAUUCUUCCAUUUUAGUGUAGUAAUAAAGUUUUGUAAACCACUUAAUAUUCAGUAGCUAAACAUUUAUGCUUAAUCAUUUAUAGGUCUCUAAAUGAAGGUAUAUUUCCUGUUAGUUCACGACACGUAAAUUCCGCUUAUCUCAUUGUCGGUAAUUGAACACAUAAAGGUCCAUAGACAGUGAUAUUCGCCGCAAAAAGUGAUAUUCAUGUAAACAAACUUGAAUAAGAGACUAUUCUUCAAAAAAGCAAAUUACGAGAUAUUAACAACACUAUUGUGCGUUUUAUUCAACCUGGUGGGUGGGGGAGCUUGUUAAUCUCUGACUUAUGCAAAUAAAAGUAAUGUCAAAUAACGAGCAACAUAGGAACAGCAAUACAAUUGUUUAAUUCCAUAAUCUUUCGGUAACCAACGACGAAAAUUUAAUGCUACAUUGGUUAUAAUGUAAGGUAGAUGGCCACUGAAUAAGAAAUUAGGUUACCAAAUAUACUACAUAUCUAGCACAAUAAUGCAGUGGACCGUCGUGAAACCCCGCAACGUCAGGUUGAUUAAAACGCACAAUACACUACUUUAAGUUAAGUCGUAAAAAUAAAACAUUUACUGUAUGAUACUAUCGGUGAAUAUCCAAGUAUAUGGUCCUGACCAAGGUGAUAUUAACCUCAUCACCAUACCACUAACUGUUUGAUAUUUUGUUUCCAGAACUAUCUAGAAUUAGUUCUUGGGCAUAACACCUGAAAAAAUAGAAUAAAAACUCAACAGUCAACAAAGCAAUAAUAUCCAAAGUACCAGUACUAUAUGACAUAUAAAGUAUACACUGAAAUCACCAGAUCUCGGCUUACUUUCUGUUUUCUUCUCCCUAUUUUUAUUUUAUUUUCAAUAUUACUUUAGGUAUCAAUUUGUAAACAGCAGUACAUUGUACAAAACUGCAUGAACAGCAGUUACUAUAGUUUGUAGCCACAUCUUAAGUAAGAGAAUAUUGUUAGGAGAAAGGUAUUUAAUAAUGCUGUGAAAAACUUGUUAUCUAACCCUUUUGCAUUUAUUAUAAUUCAUUCUAUGUUACUGAUAUGUAUACGCCUUUAUAAUGUAAAGGAGUAAUACAAUAAAAUAUAUCAAAAC